AUGAUCGUUAUGCGAUAUAGCAAUAUUAUAUUUUACUUUCUAUUACUAUCAGCUAUUGCUGCAAAUGUUGAUACGACAUUUCUAAUACGCGAUUUUGAUGGCAAUAUUCUUAAAUCAAUUGAACCAAAACUUUUAUGGCGUAUUCAUCAAGAUAUGAUAAAAGACGGUCAUCGAUCUAAUGCAACUGAUUUAUUAUCCACAUAUAAUAUUACGAGCGGUGAUACGUUUAGUAAAUCAUUUCCCGAUCAAGUAUCGAACAAACUGCAUGGACUACCAACCUAUAGAAUAACAAUGGAUGCACAUAUUCAAAAUAUAGGUUGGGACAAGUCGUUGGAACUAAAGAAAUAA